UCUGCUAUCUUCGAUUCCUCAACCAAUUCAUCCUGUCUCGGAGACUGAGAGCUACCUAUUCAUCUACCUACGUAAUAUCAGACCAGACCAGAGCAGUUCUCUGGCUCUGUCUAGCUCCAGGGGACCAUGAAGUCUACUGGAGGAGCCUUGAUUCCAACGGGGACAGCGAGUGCGCCGCCCAAUUGCCGAGCAACCUUGGUGAAGAAGACGGUAGCUCUGCUGCUUCUGUCGGCCCUCUUGCUCUGCGUUUUGACGAAGACGUCGCUUCAUGGCAUUGGGAACUGUUUCCGACCAGAGCCGAGGAGUAUCGAGCAGCGUGUAAAGAAGAUACUCACAGAAACCCCACUGAUUGAUGGCCACAACGAUCUGGCUAUCCUGGUGAGAUAUGUCUACAAAAACCACAUCUACAACGAGAGCUUCGCGAAGCCCUUUAAAGAUGGCGGGCUGAAUGGCCAUGUCGACCUGCCGAGACUGAGAUCCGGAAUGAACGGCGGAGCCUUCUGGAGCGUAUUUUGGCCAUGCCCAGAGAACGGGACGGAUUACUCUGACGAGGCCUAUGCAUCAUCGGUCCAGGCGACCCUCCAACAGAUCGAUCUCAUGUCUAGGCUGAAGGAAGCUUAUCCCAACGACUUCUCCCCCAGUGUGGACAGCAGCUCCGCCCUGGAGGCCUUCAGGAAGGGACAGCUGAUAUCCCCGCUCGGCAUCGAGGGUCUCCACCAGAUCGGCAACUCGGCCGCCAACCUCCGCCGGUUCUACGAUCUCGGGGUCCGCUACGCCACGCUGACGCACAACUGCGGGAACAGGUACGCCGACGCCGCCCUCUGGGAGGCGCCGCUGCGCAAGGCCCCGGCCCAGUGGGGAGGGGUGAGUCCCGAGGGCCGCAGGCUGGUCAACGAGAUGAACCGCAUCGGCAUGAUCGUCGACCUCUCGCACACGAGCGUCGACACGAUGCUGGACGUGCUGGGUGCCGGCCGGGCCGGCUGGCGCGGGAGCAGGGCCCCCGUCAUCUUCAGCCACAGCUCCGCGCACGCCGUUUGCCCGCACCCGCGCAACGUGCCGGACCGCGUGCUCGAGCUGGUGAAGGGGCGCGGCUCGCUGGUCAUGGUCAACUUCGCACCGGACUUUGUGUCGUGCGUCGACGCGCCCCCCGGCCGCGAUAACGGCCUGCCGGAUUUCUACCCGCCGAACUCGACCCUGUCCCACGUCGUGGACCACAUCCUCUACAUCGGCAACCUCGUUGGCUUUGACCAUGUCGGCUUUGGGAGCGACUUUGACGGCAUUGCGUCGACGCCCGAGGGGCUGGAGGACGUGUCUAAGUAUCCCGACCUGGUCGCCGAGUUGUUGAGACGUGGCGUUAGCGACGAGGACGCCGCCAAGGUGGUUGGGGGGAACAUCCUCCGCGUGUGGAAGGAUGUUGAUGCCGUUGCUGCCAAGCUGCAAAAGGAGAACGAGCCAGUGCUCGAGGAUGACCUGCCCGAUCUGUGAAGUGCUUGAUGUUCUCGAGGGUCCUCAAAGUGGGCCACGUAUUUCCAUUAACUGCAGUGCGUCUGCGAGAACCAGACUCCCUGCUGCAGUCUGUCGAAGGAUAUAUGUAAUAUCGACACGCUAUAUAUGUCGUUCAAGUUUUGUACAUUCACAUUUACAUACCGAGCCGAUCCGUCAUGCCUCCAUGGCGGAUGUGGCAUCAAGCUAGACAAAUGUAGCUCCAGGUGCAUCAGCCACCAUCCCAGCCAAAACCAAAACGAAUGGGUCUACCA